AGCCACUCUGAUUUUAGUUGAAGUUAAAGAUUUGACGGGAAUUGAUUUUCAGAGAUGAAUUAGAUGAGAUUUGACCUAUAUCUAUAAGGUUUGUUUUCGAAGGAUUGGAUUGAAAAGAAUAUUACAAAGACAAGUAAAGAAAAGAGUUGAUUGAUGAAUUGUGUGGGAAGAAAUGUAGGGAUAUAUGUAUAGGUGUAUAGGGCACAAAUCAAUUGCAUAAACAUUUGAAAAAAUUUGAAGAAAAUGGGGAGGGCUCAGCCUCAGCGGCGCCAUAUAUUCAUAGCUCUAGGGUUCCUUUUGCUUUUGGGAAUCGCCAUUCACUUCCGCCUUUGGGCUAUCCAUCGGAUAAUCUCUUCAAACGAUUCCCAGCUUUUGAGGCAACAAUUUGAUCUUGCUAACAGAGAAGCCAUGGAUGAAUCUGCAGAAUGGAGAAGAAGGUUUGAUUUGGAGUUUGACAAGGCUGCCAAGUGCUAUACGGAACUCGACCAAAUUAAGAAGGCCACUGGAGAAAAGACAAAGGUCCUAAACAAGAAAAUGGAAAUGUUGCAAAAGGAAAAUGUGGAUUUGCUCGAGCGAGUAGAGUCGUUAAAACAAGAGCUUGAAUCCGAGAAACUAAAAUGCAGUCUGCGCAACAUGUGAUGCCCGAUUUCGCUUGGCGUUUUCAAACAUUUUUGGAUCCUCAAAUCCCCAGACUCAGAUCCAAUACCAAUGCUCAUUAUUUUGUGCUGCCAAUGCCAGUUUGUAUUUGCAUUUCAACAGAUUUAUGAAUGCGAAUAUGUUUUUCAGCGCUA